GUAAAAAUAGCUUAAGGGAUAAAAUUGGACUAAACUUUCGAUUUAUAAGAUUGAUAUCAUAUUGCGAAGCAUAUUUUGUAAAUUAUGGUGUUAUAUUAUUAAUACCUAUACAGAUUAUUCUAACGAUAUUUACAGCAAUAUUGCAACGUUUCAUGUUAAUAUUGCAGUAACAUUUCAAUGUUGUAAUGUUAUUGCAAUAUUUUGUACUGCAUGGAUAUUGGUAAAUGAUUGAUCCAUUUUGCUUUAAAUUUUUAUGAGAUGAGUGACGUGUGCGUACUUUCUUUCAAACGGCGCGACAUAUACCGAGAAUUUCUUUUAUAUCUUUUAAUAGCUGAGAGAGAAUCCAUAUUUAUGUUUUGUCUAUCAGUUUUGUCGUAUCAAUUUCUUUGUCAACUAACUAAAGGAGCUACGUGAUGCGUACUGGUAUUUCGAUUAGGACAAAGAGGUUUAGAAAGUCGUGAACCAUUGCUAGAAAGAGUCGCGAAGAGAAUUAUGAUUUAUAACCGCAAUGUAAAAACGAGUUCCUUCAAUAAGAAGAAAUAAAAGAUGGAGCUGUCCCGUGUUAAACGGUGGUCUCAAUAUUUAGCAGCGAUUACAGCUACCUUAUCGCUGGCAGCUACCGGAUCUCACAUAGGCUGGACGUCACCCAUCUUGCCAAUACUGAAGUCAACUGAUUCCCACGUCCCCAUAACGUCUGACGACGCUUCUUGGAUUGCUUCUUUUUAUCUUUUGGGUACCAUUCCCGGAUGCAUCGUGGCGGCCUUAAUCGUAGAUCGAUUAGGUCGGAAGAUAAGCCUGCUGCUAAGCGGCAUACCUCUGACUCUCUCAUACAUUCUGAUCAUUAAAGCGCAGAAUCCUUACGUUCUUUACGCUGCUCGCGGUAUCGGUGGUAUCGGCCAAGGCAUAGCGUACGUCAUCUGUCCGAUGUACAUCGGCGAAAUCGCCGAUAAGGAGAUUAGAGGUACCCUCGGUUCCUUCAUCAAGCUGAUGGUAACCUUCGGAGAAUUAUAUGCUCAUGCAAUCGGACCAUUUGUCUCGUAUUGGAUACUUGGUUACAGCUGCCUGGUGAUCCCGCUGAUAUUUUUUCUUAGCUUUCCUUGGAUGCCCGAAUCACCGUAUUAUUUAUUAAUGAAGAAUCGCCCAAAGAACGCAAUGAUAAGUCUGAAACGUCUGAAGCGCUGCAUUUCCAACGAUCAACUGGAGACGGACUUGGAACAAAUACAGAAGACAGUUGUCCGAGAUCUCAGCGAUCGUGGCCGAUUCUGGGAUCUGUUCGACACGCCUGGUAACAGACGCGCGGUCAUUAUCAGCAUCGGCCUGCAACUGAUACUUCAGUUCAGUGGUAUCGCUGCGGUUGAGUCAUACACUCAGGAGAUUCUCGAAGAAGGCGAUGCACAUCUGCCUGCGAGUUCCUCUGUCAUCCUGUUAAGCGUGCUUCAAUUGAUCGCUGGUCUCGGAGCUGUGAUUCUGGUUGACAAACUAGGUAGACGACCAUUACUCAUUACCACUUCUCUUCUAGCUGGAAUUGCGCUGACCAUCACUAGCGUCUUCUACCUCGUAAAGUUCCAAUUCGGAGUGAAUACAACUGGAUACGGAUGGCUGCUUCAUUUCUCCGUGAUAUUUUAUGAGUUGAUCAUCGCUCUGGGCCUGAAUCCGCUACCCUACAUGAUGCUUGGCGAACUAUUUCCGACGAACGUCAAAGGCGCCGCUGUGUCGUUGGCCAAUGUAGUAUCUUCGUUGCUAGCCUUCAUCGUCUCCAAGAUGUAUCAAGUAAUCUCCGACAAUUGGGGAGUGUACGCAGCCUUCGGCUGGUUCGCUGCCAGCUGCUACGUCGGCGUAUUCUUCAUUAUGCUGAUCGUCCCCGAAACUAAAGGCAAGUCCUUGCUAGAAAUUCAGGAAGAGCUUAACUGUAAGAAAAAGAAGAAGAAAAGCGCAUCAUACGAACUGAAAAUAAAUACGAUUUCUUAGAUCGAUAGAUGCAAGUAAGACCGCGAUGCUUAUGAAGAAUUCUCGAUAAUUUUUAAAUGAUAAAAAUAAGCAAUGCGCGUUCCUCGAUUACAGAAUAUUUGACAGGGAACUUCGAAACUGAUCGCUCUUCCAGUUAUAUGUCCAGAUCGAUAAAAGCGAACGAGAGAUAUUUUCAACAAUCAUCGAUAAGAUUAAUUAUAAUAUUUGCACUGAAAAUAAGAGUCUGAUAAUAGCUAUCAAAUGUUGA